AACAGUUAGAGCAGGCCAAUUCCAGUACCACUGAUGACUAUGCCCAUUGGACGGCCGCACUACCAAACAGAAUAUUGCCUCAAUUGCGCAUUUCGACCAUAGAUUAAUGCGCUCAGCAACCGAUUGGGUGCUUGUUUCACUAAUUACUCGGGUCAGAACAGAGUGACCACCUUGAUGUCGCUUUUCAGGUACGCUGCAUUAGCAGCAGGCUUGUCGAAACUGGCGGGAGUGCAUGGAUGUCAGCAAGAACGGCAUUUCUACAGUGGUCAGCAUACCAAGCGACAAGCUUCGCCGGCUCCAGAACUUACUCCCGACGAAGCACUGAUCAUAGCAUCCUUUGACAACAAUAGCAUCUCUGACUGGUCGUACUACUACACCCACGGCAACCAUCUAGCUGGUCGCAAUCGAAGUCAAGCCCAGUGGACAGCAGAUCGCUGGGCAGAGGCUGGAUUCGAGUCACGCCUCGACAGCUACCACGUCUUUCUCGACUACCCUGUAAGCAAGUCUUUAACCGUGACUUGGCCCAAUGGAACGACAUAUACCCCCAGCCUAGAAGAAGCAGUCCUGGAGGAGGAUGAUGUAACGGGGUGGGAGAAUCGCAUUCCAACUUUUCAUGGGUACUCGUUCAGCGGCAGUGCCACCGCGGAAUAUGUUUACGUUGGCCGCGGUCAGAAAGUCGACUUUGAACGACUGGUUGCGCUUGGCGUGCCUCUUGAAGGCAAGAUUGCAUUGUCACGAUAUGGUGGGCCGUUCCGGGGCUUGAAAGUCAAGAACGCGCAAGACUAUGGCAUGAUUGGUGCCGUGCUUUUCACCGACCCAGGAGACGACGGCAAUGUCACUGUUGCUAAGGGUGUUGCGGCUUACCCGGAUGGCCCUGCACGUAAUCCAACAUCGGUACAGCGUGGCAGCGUACAAUUUUUGUCCACCUACCCAGGAGAUCCUACGACCCCUGGAUAUCCUUCCAGGGAAGACUCACCACGCUCAGACAAAAGUGCUGUUACUCCGCAGAUUCCCAGCAUACCGAUUUCAUACGCCGAGGUGCAGCCUAUUCUGGCGGCACUGGACGGCUAUGGUACUCCAGGAGCAGAGGUCAAUCGUUCUCUAUGGAUCGGCGCCUUGAAUGCAACCUACUCUACUGGGCCAGCACCAGGCCUUACAAUCGACAUGAGCAACCUGAUGGAAGACACCUACACCGACAUUUGGAACGCAAUUGGCAUCAUAAAUGGCACAAACAGUGACGAGACAAUCAUCAUUGGGAACCAUCGCGAUGCGUGGAUCAUUGGCGGCGCUGCAGAUCCAAACUCGGGAACGGCUAUCAUCGUCGAGCUUGGGCGAGUCCUCGGAAAGCUCGUCUCUCAGGGCUGGCAGCCGAAGCGCAACAUUGUUCUUUGCUCAUGGGAUGCCGAGGAGUAUGGUCUUGUUGGGUCUACCGAGUGGGUUGAAGAAUACAUCCCAUGGAUCAAGGAUACUGUGGUAUCGUAUCUCAACAUUGAUGUCGGCGCCAGUGGGCCUCAUCCGGAUAUCUCUGGCUCGCCUGAACUGCAUGAAAUCGCCAAGGAGACAAUGAAAAAGGUGAUCUGGCCGGCGAUGGGUGGGAAUGACACGAUGUACGAUGUCUGGAUGGAUGACACUAGAGGUGAGGUCGGGGUACUUGGAAGUGGUAGCGACUACACCGCUUUUGUCCAUCGUGGCAUCGCUUCUAUCGAUGUCCAUUCUUCCCAAGGUCCAGGCGACCCUAUCUACCAUUAUCAUAGCAAUUACGACAGCUACCACUGGAUGGCGAACUUUGGUGAUCCUGGCUUCCUCGUCCACAAAGCAAUGGGCCAAUACCUUUCUCUAAUGGCAUACCAUCUGGCGAGUGACGAUCUCCUGCCACUACAACCACUUAACUAUGCCGACCAGAUGGACGUUUACUACCAAAAUCUGCAGUACGCCAUCGGCAACGCGACUCAAGGGGACUCACUUGACACAUCUGCGCUGCGCUCCGCCAUCGAUACCUUCCGCGUCCAAGCGACUGAAGCUGCCGAUCUCGCAACUCGAGCAGUGGAUGGCAAUGAUGAAGCCUUGUUGCAGCUCGUCAACGGCAAGUAUCGCGACUUUCAACGCGGCUUCGCUUCACAGGGUGGUCUGCCGACAAGAGAAUUCUACCAGCAUUUGAUUUUUGCUCCGGGUCUGGACACCGGCUACGCUCCUGUUACAUUUCCUGCCAUCACGGAGGCUGUCGACGCGGGAAAUUUCUCUUUGGCACAAGAGUGGGUUGGGAAGACUGCGAAGGCUAUCCAGGUUGCUGGUGAGAUUUUGAGGACUUAGGUUUUCGGCUUGAUGGAUGUAGGCUUUGAGUUUGCGAGACGGAAUGGAAUGGUUUGCACUUUGAAGAUAGAAUAGUAGGAUUCUGUGACGGGCAAAACAGGGUACUCGCGGACAGAUCCACUCCUUGAUCAUCAACAAACAACAACAUCGAUCAGAUUCGAUCCUCAUGAACAUCAUAACCCAUAAGCACAGCAUUCACGGCAUCAUCACUUCUGUGUUGCCCUGCGCGAGGAGCGCGAGGCCAGAGAGGAAGAUUUUGGCGAGCCUGAAUUUGACAAGGAUGUCACGAACGUCUGGAGCAAUAUCUGGCCCGCUGUCGAAGGCAAGAAGUCAACGAGGCCUGAGGCACUGUACGCGAGAUUCCGGCGAAGAGCUUCGGGCAGCUCGAAACUUACCAAGGAAUAUAUACAGCCUGAUACGCUGAUCCCGCACCCACGCAGCCUAUAGAUUGGAGAAGAGUCUUGCUCGUUCCAAUCAAGUACAAGUUCGGAGAAAUGGUCUAGUGGUUGGGCACAGGCGCCUCGAAUCGUUAGAGGUGGGCAAUUCGUUCGCCCAUGCUUCAUUCAUUGAUAAUCGGCAUGUUCUGGAUGUGCGUUCGAUUCGC